AUGGCCGCCGGACACGCAGCGUUGUCACAUCAGCACCCCGUCGGCGUUCACCAGUCCAUCCCAAACACCACCCUCCGCGCUAGCAGGACCACCGUGCAGCACGUGCUCAAGAUUCAAGGAUAUUCAUGGAUGAGUAAGAGCUUCGACACCGGCAAGGGGCUCCGCUCCAAAUCCUUCUAUGUAGGAGGCACAACUGGCUGGCACAUCGCCUUCUACCCCAACGGCAAUCGCGUGGAGACCGACGACUCCGUCUCCGUCUUCGCCAUUCUUGACGACGCCGUCGCAGGCCGCGCCGUCGAGGCCGAGAUCGGGUUCGACGUCCUGGACCCAACCACCGGGGAGCCGAUGCCGCGCUACCGUAGACCUGGCGGCGGGGUCAUACGCCGGUUUGCACGCAUUGGUGCCUUCUGCGGAUGUGAAAAUUUCAUCCGGCUUGAAGAGCUCCAAGAAUUCCUCCUCAAGGACGACUGUUUCUGGGUCAGGUGCAACGUCACGGUGGUCGAGUUCCUUAGAGAGACUGCACCGCCUCCGCGGCCCGUCGUGGCCGCCAUACCACCACCCGACUGGGCCCAACACUUCGGUGACCUCCUGCGGAGCAAGCAGGGCGCAGACGUGAUGCUCGACGUAGGCGGGGACACUUUUGCGGCGCACCGGUGCGUGCUCGCGGCGGGGUCGCCGGUAUUCAAGGCCGAGCUUUAUGGCACGUUAGAAGAGUGCAAUGCAUAUGUACGGAUCGACGACAUGAGAGCUGAGGUGUUCAGGAAUCUGCUGCACUUUGCGUACACCGACGAGCUUCCGCCGGAGACAAUAGAGGAUGGUGCUGCGAUGGCUCGGGAUCUCUUGAAGGCCGCUGACAGGUACGACAUGGAGAGGCUCAAGCUGGUCUGCGAGGACAGAUUGUGGAGUCACAUCGAUGCAAGCACGGCGGCGACCACGCUGCUGCUGGCUGAGCAACAUCGCUGUCACCGUCUCAGGGAGGCAUGCUUCGAGUUUCUCCUCACGUCCUCGACCACACUAAAUGCAGUCAUGGCAACCGACGGCUUUGGCCAUCUGUGUAAAAGCAACCCCGGUCUAUUGAAGGAUAUAUUGUCCAAGCUCGCAACCCACCGAGAUCGCCGGCGAAGAAUUCGACAAUGGGAGGAAGACGACAACCACGGGUUCAUCCUCAGGACAACCGAAGGGGAUAAACUACCUGAACCGACUCACCACAUGCAUCUUGGUGGCUCUAGGAGCAUUGAAACGCACACGUCUUCAAGCGAGACACCUGAUCGUCGAACCCCUUUUCAUCCCGACCUGACUCGUGAUAUUGCUACCUUCAUUUCUUGGUCGUCUAAAAAUUGA